GUGGCCGUAGUAGUGGAGAGCGGAGCCUGCCUGCCUGCCUGCCUGCCUGCCUGGGAAUCUCACUAAAGCACAUCAGCGGCCACUGCCAUGGCUGAACGCCGCGCCUUCGCCCAGAAAAUCAGCAGGACUGUGGCAGCAGAGGUCAGGAAGCAGAUAGCUGGCCAGUAUGGGGGCUCCCCACAGCUCCUCAAAAACCUCAAUGUUGGUGCCGCUGCAAGCAACACAGUUCCCCUCACGGAGGCGGUGGAGCCGGUGGAUUUUGAAGAGUACCUCAUCACUCACCCUCCCGUCAUUGAGUCAGGUCCCCUGAGAGACCUGAUUGAGUUUCCCCCAGAUGACAUCGAGGUCAUCUACACACCCAGGGAAUGUCGCACAGUCGCACAAGCUGUCCCAGAAGAAGGGGACACUGAUCCUCAUGUGCGAGACUGUGUCAGAUCCUACACAGAGGACUGGGCCAUCGUCAACAGAAAAUACCACAAGCUUGGUACGGGCUUUAACCCCAACACUCUGGACAAGCAGAAGGAGCGUCAAAAAGGCUUGCCCAAACAAGUGUUUGAGGCUGAUGAGAUGCCAGACAGCAGCAGCUACCAGGAUGACCAGGAUGAACUGAAGCGGCGGUCCAUGUCAAUAGAUGACACUCCACGGGGCAGCUGGGCCUGCAGCAUCUUUGACCUGAAGAACUCCCUUCCCGACGCCCUCCUCCCCCACCUCCUCGACCGCUCCCCCAAUGAGGAGAUUGACCGGCACAAUGAAGAGCAGCGCAAGUCCCACCGCCACCGUGAACUCUUUGCCCUGCACCCCGCUCUCGAUGAGGAGGAGCCCAUCGAACGCCACUGUGUGCCUGAUGUGCCGAAAGAACACUUUGGCCAGAGGCUACUCGUCAAGUGCUUGUCCUUGAAGUUCGAAAUCGAAAUUGAACCCAUAUUCGCUAGUUUGGCCUUAUACGAUGUCAAGGAGAAGAAAAAGAUAUCAGAGAACUUCUUCUUUGACCUGAACUCUGAGCAAACCAAGGCAAUGUUGCGUCCGCACAUCCAGACAGCGGCCAUCUCCACUCUUGCACGCUCUGCCAUAUUCUCCAUCACCUACCCCUCCCAGGAUGUCUUCCUGGUUAUCCAGCUGGAGAAAGUAUUGCAGCAAGGUGACAUUGGGGAGUGUGCUGAGCCCUACAUGGUCUUCAAAGAGUCUGACGCUGCCAAGAAUAAAGAGAAGCUGGAGAAGCUUCGUAGCCAGUCAGAGCAGUUUUGUCAGCGUCUGGGCCGAUACCGCAUGCCCUUUGCCUGGACUGCCAUCCACUUGAUGAACAUCGUCAACAGUGCUGGCAGUCUUGAGAGAGACACAGAGCUGGAGAUGAGCCUUUCAGAGAGAAAAGGCUCAUGGUCAGAGCGGAGGAACUCGAGCAUCAUGGGAAGGCGUUCCCUGGAGAGGACGACCAGUGGAGAUGAGUCAUGCAGUUUGACAGGCUUCAGACCUGCAACGCUUACUGUCACCAACUUCUUCAAACAGGAGGGUGACAGGUUGAGUGAUGAGGACCUGUUUAAGUUCCUGGCUGAUAUGAGAAGGCCUUCCUCUGUGCUGAGGAGACUCAGACCCAUCACAGCCCAGUUGAAGUUAGACAUAUCUCCGGCUCCAGAAAACCCCCACUAUUGCCUGACCCCUGACCUUCAGCAGGUCAAACCCUACCCAGACAGCAGGGUGCGCCCCACCAGGGAGAUCCUGGAGUUUCCUGCCAGGGACGUCUAUGUGCCCAACACCACAUACAGGAAUCUGCUGUAUGUGAACCCACAGAGUCUGAACUUUGCCAACCGUCAAGGCUCUGCUCGCAACAUCACAGUGAAAGUGCAAUUCAUGAACGGGGAGGAUCCAAACAAUGCUAUGCCGGUGAUUUUUGGCAAAUCCAGCUGUGCAGAUUUCUCCAAAGAGGCCUACACUGCUGUAGUUUAUCACAACAGAUCUCCUGACUUUCAUGAUGAGAUCAAGAUCAAGCUGCCUGCUUCGCUGUCGGACCACCAUCACAUCCUCUUCACCUUUUACCACGUCAGCUGCCAGCAGAAGCAGAACACACCUCUGGAGACUCCCGUGGGAUACACGUGGAUUCCCAUGUUGCAGAACGGCCGUCUACGAACAGGCCACUUCUGUCUGCCUGUAUCUCUGGAGAAACCACCACAGUCCUACUCUGUGCUUUCCCCAGAUGUUCCCCUCCCAGGAAUGAAGUGGGUGGACAACCAUCGAGGAGUAUUUAAUGUGGAAGUGGUAGCUGUUUCAACCAUCCACACACAGGACCAAUACCUGGACAAGUUCUUUGCCUUGGUUCAUGCCCUAGAUGAGCACAUGUUCCCAGUGCGGAUAGGAGACAUGCGCAUCAUGGAGAACAAUUUGGAGACUGAGCUUAAGUCCAGCAUUGCAGCGCUCAACUCCUCCCAGUUGGAGCCGGUGGUUCGAUUCCUCCACCUGCUGCUUGACAAGCUGGUGCUGCUGGUGGUGCGGCCGCCAGUCAUUGCAGGACAGAUAGUAAAUCUGGGCCAGGCGUCCUUUGAGGUGAUGGCAUCCAUUGUGAACCGUCUUCAUAAAUACCUGGACACCAGCCAAGACAUGCACGGCCGCAACAGCCUGCUGUCCUCCUACAUCUACUACGUCUUCCGCCUGCCCAACACCGACCCCAACUCACCGUCACCAGGCCCAGGAGGGCUGGGGGGAUCGGUCCACUACGCUACCAUGGCUCGCUCUGCCGUCCGACCGGCCAGCCUCAACCUCAACCGCUCCCGUAGCCUCAGCAACAGUAACCCAGACAUUUCUGGCACCCCCACCUCCCCUGACGACGAGGUCCGCUCCAUCAUCGGCAGUAAGGCCAUGGAGCGCUGUGGCAAUCGCAUGUCUUCGCACACUGAGAGCGCCAGUUUCUUGCAAACUUUAACAGGACGGUUGCCCACCAAAAAGCUUUUCCACGAGGAGUUGGCCCUGCAGUGGGUAGUGAGCAGUGGGAGCGUCAGGGAGGGAGCUCUCCAGCAGGCCUGGUUUUUCUUUGAACUCAUGGUGAAGAGCAUUAUCCACCACCUGUACUUUACCGACCGCCUGGAGUCUCCCAGGAAGAACCGCUUCCCUGAGCGCUUCAUGGAUGACAUCACAGCCCUGGUCAGCACUAUCGCAGGCGACAUUGUGUCUCGCUUCCAGAAGGACCUGGAGCUGGUGGAGAGACUCAACACUAGUCUGGCCUUCUUUCUCAACGACUUGCUAUCAGUCAUGGACCGAGGAUUUGUCUUCACACUAAUUAAGACAUACUGGAAACAGGUGUCCACAAAGCUUUACGCUCUGCAGAACCCAACACUGGAGUCUUUGAGGCUGGACUUCCUGAGGAUCGUCUGCAGCCACGAGCACUACGUCACCCUCAACCUGCCCUGUAGCCUGCUCACGCCACCUGCCUCACCUUCCCCCUCCGUCUCUUCAGCUACUUCACAGAGCUCAGGCUUCUCCACCCAUGUCCAGGACCAGAAGAUAGCCAACAUGUUUGAGCUGUCUGUCCCUUUUAGAGAGCAACACUACCUGGCUGGAUUGGUACUGUCAGAGCUGUCUGUAAUACUGGACCCAGACAACGAGGGGAUGUUUGGCUUACAUAAGAAGGUGGUGAGUGUGGUCCAUAACCUCCUGUCCAGCCAUGACUCUGACCCGCGAUAUGCUGACCCUGAGGUCAAGGCCCGGGUCGCCAUGCUCUACCUACCACUCAUUGGUAUCGUCAUGGAAACACUGCCACAACUCCAUGAUUUCACAGAGUCUCAUAACCAGUGGGGUCGGCCAGGCGGACCUCAGGGUGCUGCGGCGGGUGCUAGUGGGGAAGAGGCUGAGGGAGAUGGCAAUAGCAUGAUCAGCCAAACUGUCGCCAUGGCGAUAGCGGGCACCUCCACUGCUCCCCCAAUGUCCCGACCAAGCAGCUUCCUGCUCAACCCACAGGCGAGUCGUCAGCACGGCACCUUCUCGGCCGAGUCGAGUCGCAGCCUGCUGAUCUGUCUGCUGUGGGUGCUGAAGAACGCCGACGAGCUGGUGCUGCAGAAGUGGUUCACAGACCUGUCAGUGUCUCAGCUCAACCGCCUGCUGGACCUCCUCUACCUCUGCGUCUCCUGCUUUGAAUAUAAGGCCCAUGUUGUGUUCACCAUGCAGGGGAAGAAGGCCUUUGAGCGCAUGAAUAGCCUGACCUUUAAAAAGUCCAAGGACAUGAAGGCCAAGCUGGAGGAGGCCAUACUAGGCAGCAUUGGGGCCAGGCAGGAGAUGGUGCGACGCAGCCGAGGACAGCUAGAGAGGAGUCCGUCUGGCAGUGCGUUUGGCAGUCAGGAGAACCUGCGCUGGAGGAAGGACAUGACCCACUGGAGACAGAACAGUGAGAAGAUGGACAAGAGUCACAGAUCAGUCAGGUUGAGGACUUUGCCAUGCAGUUUAAGAGACAACCUCUUGCUACGAAACAACGGGCGAGCCCAGGACGUUAGAACCAGAGCAGAGUUGGAGCAUGAAGCACUUAUUGAUGGCAACCUGGCGACAGAGGCCAACUUAAUUAUUCUCGAUACUUUGGAGAUCAUUGUACAGACAGUAUCAGUGACAGAGUCCAAGGAGAGUAUCCUGGGUGGGGUCCUGAAGGUGCUGCUGCACAGCAUGGCCUGCAACCAGAGCGCCCUCUACCUCCAGCACUGCUUCGCUACACAGCGGGCGCUGGUGUCUAAGUUUCCUGAGCUGCUGUUUGAGGAGGAGACGGAGCAGUGUGCCGACCUGUGUUUGCGACUGUUGAGGAACUGCAGCAGCAGCAUAAGCACCAUCAGGGCCCACGCCAGCGCCUCCCUCUACCUCCUCAUGAGGCAAAACUUUGAGAUCGGGAAUAACUUUGCAAGGGUGAAGAUGCAGGUGACCAUGUCUCUGUCCUCGCUGGUGGGAACAUCUCAGAACUUCAACGAGGAGUUCCUGCGUCGCUCGCUCAAGACCAUCCUCACCUACGCAGAGGAGGACCUGGAGCUGCGGGAGACAACCUUUCCAGACCAGGUCCAGGACCUUGUGUUCAACCUGCACAUGAUCCUGUCUGACACAGUGAAGAUGAAAGAACACCAGGAAGACCCUGAGAUGCUCAUAGACCUCAUGUACAGGAUUGCGAAGGGUUACCAGACGUCUCCAGACCUGCGGUUGACGUGGCUCCAGAACAUGGCUGGCAAACACUCGGAGAGGACAAACCACGCCGAGGCAGCCCAGUGUCUAGUGCACAGCGCCGCUCUGGUGGCAGAAUACCUCAGCAUGCUGGAAGACCGCAAGUACCUCCCUGUCGGCUGCGUCACCUUCCAGAACAUUUCAUCCAAUGUGCUUGAGGAGUCGGCGGUGUCUGAUGACGUGGUGUCCCCAGAUGAGGAGGGCAUCUGUUCAGGGAAAUACUUCACUGAGAUUGGUCUCGUGGGACUGCUAGAGCAGGCUGCUGCUUCCUUUUCUAUGGCGGGCAUGUACGAGGCGGUGAACGAAGUGUACAAGGUGCUGAUCCCUAUUCAUGAAGCCAACAGGGAUGCCAAGAAGCUCGCCACCAUACAUGGUAAACUACAGGAAGCCUUUGGCAAAAUCGUCCAUCAGAGUACUGGCUGGGAGAGGAUGUUUGGUACGUACUUCAGAGUCGGAUUUUACGGCUCCAAAUUCGGGGACUUGGAUGAGCAGGAGUUUGUGUACAAAGAGCCUGCCAUCACAAAGCUAGCGGAAAUCUCUCACAGGCUUGAGGGUUUUUAUGGUGAGCGAUUUGGAGAAGACCAAGUGGAAGUCAUUAAGGACUCCAACCCAGUGGAUAAGUGCAAACUGGACCCAAAUAAGGCAUUCAUCCAGAUCACAUAUGUGGAGCCGUACUUUGACACGUAUGAGAUGAAGGACCGCAUCACCUACUUUGACAAGAACUACAACUUGCGGCGAUUUGUCUACUGCACGCCCUUCACCCUGGAUGGUCGGGCGCACGGGGACCUGCACGAGCAGUUCAAACGAAAGACCAUCCUAACCACGUCCCACGCCUUCCCUUACAUCAAGACACGUAUCAACAUCAUCCACAAAGAGGAGAUCAUAUCCAUGCCCAUCGAGGUGGCGAUAGAGGACAUGCAGAAGAAGACUCAGGAGCUGGCCUUUGCCACCCACCAGGACCCCGCUGAUGCCAAGAUGCUGCAGAUGGUUUUGCAGGGAUCAGUGGGCACAACUGUCAACCAGGGACCUCUGGAAGUGGCUCAGGUGUUCUUGUCAGAGAUCCCCAGCGAUCCAAAGCUGUACAGACACCACAAUAAACUACGACUCUGCUUCAAAGACUUCACAAAGCGGUGUGAAGAUGCCCUGCGUAAGAACAAGAGCCUGAUUGGUCCAGACCAGAAGGAGUACCAGAGGGAGCUGGAGAGGAACUACCAUCGCCUGAAGGAGGCGCUGCAGCCCCUCAUCAACAGAAAGAUACCGCAGCUUUAUAAACCUGUCCUGCAGGUCAACUCACACAGGGAUUCCUUCAGCAGAAUGAGUCUUCGUAAGCUUGACAUUUGAAGAUGAAGAAGAAAACACACAAACACACACACACACACACACACACACACACGCACACACACAAAGAGAGAAUUGCAACAUUAAUUUAUUCCUGAGUGUAAAUAGGAGUGUCUCCUGAAAGUUGGUCAGUGUUUUUCUGAUAGUGUGCUAAAAGAAAGGCUAGAAGUGUUCCAGCUUGGUACGUCAUUCCAGUGUCUUAAUUUGUUUACAGAUAACCUGUUACACAAUCAGUGGGACGAACAAGUGGGUCUAAAGAGAUACCUUGGCAUUUUGAAUUUUAAACUCAUUUUUCUGUGCAAGGCAUUUGUCACAGAAUGGGGGGAGUUUCUACAUUUGUUCUUAAGCUACACUAAAAAAAAAAAAAAGAGAGAGAGAGAACAGAAAAAAGUGUAGUAUGAUUUGGCUUCCUCAGUGAAACCAGUGGAAACUGCCGGCUGCAAACGAACAGGCCUGCUGAACAUUUGAUGGUACCCACUGGUAUUACUGAGGAAUGCUACUCCAAGGUCCUUUUUGGUUCAUUCAAGUGCCAACACAGAAACUUCCUCCUCAGAUUUUGGCAAGUGUCUGCAGAGAGGGUACUAUUUAAGAAAAAAAAAAAAGAAAAAAGAAAGAAAAAGCCAAGGUGUCUUUUUAACUACAAUGUACGAUGUGUCAAAUCUGUAUUCAAUUUCAUGUGUGCACUUUUUAUUACAGUGUAGCAAUGCAUUUUACAACUUGAAAGUUUAC